AUGUGUGGGGAGAAAAGCGAGAAACGUGGGUUGAGCAUCAACGAAAACCAAGACGUAGUGGCGGAGAUCCUGAAGAGGCUGGACGACCGGUCCCUGGUGGCGGCGGCGGCCGUCUGCCGCCUGUGGCGGGGCCUUGCCCGGAGCGAAGCCCUCUGGGAGUACCUCUGCUUCCGCCAGCUGGCGCCGCCUCCCGACGGGGUGCGGGCGCUGGUGGCCGCGCUCGGGGGAUACCGCCGCCUCUACACGGCUUGCGUGAGGCCACUGCUCAUGAGCAGGCGGCGGCGGCGGCGGCGGGAGAGAACCGCCGCGUGGACCCCACACGAGGCUGAGCUCUCGCUGUCCCUCUUCUGCGUAGACUAUUACCAGAGGCUGCUGCUCGCCGCUUAG